UUGCGAAUACAUAAACUAACAGAGUCAUUUGCUCUACAUAGAUCUGGUCAUCUUUUUCAACAGUAUAUUGUUGAUGUAUAUGCAUAUAUUGAGCAAAGCUAUUUGAACUACUUGAGAUAUAAUCAGAAACAAAUUCAUGCUGAACUAUAUAGUAGGCUUCAAGAUGUGAUCUCAGUAAAUGAUGAACUACCAAAAAAGAAACUUUAUAUUAGCUACUGA